AACAACGAGGCUUACAGCACUAAAAGAGUUGAGAUUCCCAUCCCAAAGCCUUCAAACAUCCUAAUGUGCUUUAUUCAUCGAUUCCAUGUCUCCCACCUUGCCUUCCCUCCCUCUCCUUGCAGUCCGUUCACAUCCCUCCCUCCGUCUGCAGGCAUGUUCACCCCCUUUUUUCCCUCCUCUACGCACAAACACGCCAGAGGAGUCAGCUAGGCUGCUCGACAAGAAGAAGAGGAGGAGAAGGAGGAGGAGAGACAAUACCCCGUCGGCAGCGUGAAGUGGAGCGUGGUGGUGUCGUCAUGGAUGUUUAGUUAGGCGAGACGCAGGAACGACAACUGUGCAGGUGGAAAGCGGUCCGUGAACGCAUCUGGAAGUUGCAAUUGUAUUUUUAAUGUUGCCCACCGAGAUACCUGGAGUGUGUUUCACCUCAAGCGACCACACUGAGGCAAGGAGAGAAGGCAUGAAAACGGAGGAGAGCCAACAGUCGUGUCUGCAGCAGCCUCCAUCUUCAACACCUUUUGUUGACUACCCUGCUGGAGGCGGCGAAGUGUGCGCGGGCUGCUCGUCCCCGAUCGCCGACCGCUUCCUGCUGCGUGUCAACGAGCGCUCGUGGCACGAGUCGUGCGUCAAGUGCACGGUGUGCAUGAGCGCGCUCACGGGGACGUGCUACUGCCGGGACCGACUGCUCUACUGCAAGCCGGACUAUGAAAAGCUUUUUGUGAGGAAGUGCAGCGCCUGCCUGCAGGUGAUCGGGCGCUCCGAGCUGAUCAUGCGUGUGCUGGGUCAGGUGUACCACCUGGGCUGCUUCAGCUGCUGCGAGUGCGAACGCCGACUGCAGCGGGGCGACGAGUUUGUGCUGAAGGAAGGCCAGCUGCUGUGCCGCAUGGACUACGAAAAGGAGAGGGAGAUGCUUGCCGCCAUCAGUCCCACGCCCACGGAAUCGGUGAAAAGCGAAGACGAGGAUGGCGGCGGGGUCUCAGGCGGGUGCAAAGGUGGCGACGAGAGCAAGGAGCACAAGCGCUCCAAGCGGCCGCGCACCAUCUUAACCACGCAGCAACGCCGCGCCUUCAAAGCGUCCUUUGAGGUGUCAGCCAAGCCUUGCCGCAAGGUGAGAGAGACGCUGGCUGCUGAGACAGGACUUACAGUGCGGGUUGUGCAAGUGUGGUUUCAAAACCAGAGGGCCAAGAUGAAGAAGAUUGCCCGGAGACAACAGCAACAGCAACAACAGCAGCAGGAACAGGAGCAGAUAGGAGGGGCUAGGAGGGGCGCGAGUCGAGGGGGACGCCAAAGCAACGAUGACAGUGAGGACGGCUCAAGCGGUCACGGCAUGGACGGCAUGCUGGGAUACCCUUCUCUGCCUCGGCAGCAGCUGCUCACCCUGGACCCCAACAUCUACGGUGGGGAACCCUUCCGACACGGGCUGACUCCGCCUCAGCUCCCCAGCGAGCAGCUUCACCCGUACGAAUCCGAGACGGUGUUUCACGACCUGGACAGCGACGGCAGUCUGAGUCACCUCGGCGACUGCCUGCUCGCAGCCGGCGAAGGCGGCCUUCUGGCUGCGAGAGUGGGGAACCCCAUCGACCGUCUCUACUCCAUGCAAAACUCCUACUUUACCUCGUGACCCUUAGAAACCGCCCCCCCCCCCCCCCCCCCAAACUCCCCGCUUCCUCUUCCAACGCUCACCUCAAGAGACGCAGCUAAAACGAAGGGGAGAAAAAUAACACAACCAAACAAAGGUCGAUCCACUUGAUGGCCAAUUAUUUCCCCUCGUCCCUUCUCUGUCCAUGAUGAGAAUCACUUUUGAAACACUGGAAAUGUGAAAGAUGUGCGGAAGCACCUCUUUUGUGGUAUUUAUGUUAUGUUGAAUGAAACACAGCACUUUUAAACAAAAGACAUACAAAACACAACUUGCUAACCGCACUGUGUAUCGUGGAUAUAAAGGUCGACAAAAAAAAUGAGCCACACCGUAGUCGUAACGAGGGUGUGCACACUUGUGCAACCACGUUAUAUUGUAUCUUGUUUAUUUUUAUUUCUGUGGUCAAAAUGUUUUUUUUUAAUUGAGUUGUGCACAUUGGAUGCCAAAUUAAUGCUGGAAAAGGUUUUGAAAUUAUUCAUCCUGGUCGUUUUUCUUUUUGGUGGGGGCUCACAAAAACCUGGCAUUUGAACUGGGGUGUGUAGAUUUUUUUUUUAUCCAUGGUACACCACAUAUGACAUGGUAUACUACAUUUAAAAACUCACCUGGAAAAUAUUGUGAUUCGUAUUGCAACGACAAAUUACUGUAAAAGAAUUCGAGGGACAGUUUUGCGCUCAGGUUAGCGUGUGUAUGCUUCACCUGAGACGAAACUCAGGAUAUUACGCUGGCUAGAUUUCAAAUGCAAUUAUUUAUAUCCGUGAAGCAGUGAUGUUUUGAAGCAACCCGAAAUAUGAAACAAGCAUUUCAAAAAUGACAGUGGAACCUCCAAAAGAGGCACAAUUUGAAAUUCAAAUACCCACCAAAAAUUGUGGACAAAUGUGGAGGAAGUUUGACAUGAUAUGACAAGCAUGUGGAGUGGCGCUUCAGGGUGUUUGGAGUGCCUCGUUGUCAGCUGUGAGUCUCCUCGCAUGUCUUGCCAAGAAGAUGAAACAGCUAGGAGGAGACUUUUUUUUGUGGGCUUUGUACUGGCGUGGCCACUUUAGAGCGCCUUGUUGUAGCGACGUGGGAAAGCACCGCGAUGAAUCGUGCGAUAUGUUUCAGCCAUCGGAGGGAAUUUUUACAGCUCCAACAUGUAGUUAUGUGUACAGCUGAUUCAUGAAGUAGCAAACCUUUUUACAGGACAAGUAGUGGUAUUUGAUUGCCAAACGAGCGGGGCGGGGUUUACGCGCAUUUCAGUGUACACACUCACAACGUCUGAGAGAUUUUUCACAAUUUUGAAGCCUCAUUUUAUAUACUUGGUGAUUGUUGUUUGUUUUUUUUUUCAACAUUCCAAUUUAGCUGGGUUGUUAACAACACUUAUCGGCGGUGUGUGCAAUUUACGAGACAUCCUGUAUUUCCACUUUAUGACAACAUCAAUACCCCAUUUCAUAAACUAAUUCAAAUAAGCCCUGGACUAAAAUCUGUUUUUACAGAUGUAAUGAUUCAUUUUAGCAGAAUCUAUAAAGUGCUACUUAGUUGGUGACAAUUUCACUGGUCUCCAUGCCCUGGUAGUCAGGGUGAGUAGUUUUACUUUAUUUUAGUUUUGUUUCAUUUUACUGUGAGGGGCAUGUCUCUGUGUCCUUAUUACAAUUUGGAAUUGUAAAAUUGUAUUUAGAAUCAGUUCAUUCCGUUUCUUUUAUUUUCAGUCGAGAAAUUUGUUCAGAAAAGCUGGUGUUCAACUUUGGAGGUUCCACUGUUUUGCUGUUUUUUUGCAUGAUUGGCUUAUUACAGAAAAAAAUAUAUUUUUUCUUUGCAUUGAGACACCGCAACAGGGUUGUUUUUAAUUAAGCCAUAAUCGGAGACAGGGUCGACAAGAGACAUUUAACAUUUUAUUUGAUAAUCUCAUCAUCAAGGAGUAAACAAACACUAACAAUGGCCAUCAACUGCCCCCCUGACACUGGCUACAAAACUAUGAUCUCCAAAAUGUAAAUGUGUGACUGUGUUGAUGUGUAUAUAUAUAUUUGUAGUAGUUUCUUUCCAUACAUAUUUAUUUCUCUCAUCAGAAAUUAGAUGGGUGGAUAUUUUGUACCUUCUUCUGUGAUCUACAAAACGCAGCAUGAUUAUUUGUCAGUGUAGGCCAUCACGUGUAGCCUUAGACAAACAGUAAGGCAGCACCGGGCUCAGAAAGCAGUGCUAUUUAAAAAGGGGAAAAAUAAUAAUAAUAAAAUGGAAAAAAUAACUAAAUAGGACUAGCGAUGCUUUUAGCUGCUACAGCUCCUAAAAGGUUCUUUCACAUCAAGUUUGACACAUGCGCAUUUCUACAGUGAUAUUUUGUGGGGGUAACUUAUUUGUGCCGUCUUAGCUGAGUUGCAAAUUUUUUGUUCAGUGGCUACCAAGGUGACGUGCUUUGAAUGUAUAAUGUUGCUGUAUAUUCAAUACAGUCUUUAAUUUCA